AUGGAAAAUGUCCCUUAUUCGAAUGCCAUAGGUUAUGUGAUGUAUGUCAUGAUAAGCACCAGACCAGAUUUGGCUUAUGCAAUAACACUAUUGAGUAGAUUUAUGUCAAAUCCUGGAAAUGAACAUUGGAAUGCUCUAAAGUGGUUGCUUAGAUAUAUAAAUUGUACUGUUCAGAUUGGUUUGGUCUUUUGUAAAAGAAAUGCAUCACUUGAUCUGGUUGGGUAUGUAGAUGUUGAUUUUGUAGGUGACCGAGAUUCCAGGAAGUCCACUACAGCAUACUACUUCACAUUGGGGGGCAACUGUGUCAGUUGGAAAUCACAGUUGCAACCACUGGUUGCAUUAUCAACCACGGAAGCUAAGUAUGUAACAGUCUCAGAUGCUUUCAAGGAAGCAACAUGGUUACAGGGAAUUCUAAAAGAAGCAGAUUGGUUGAGUGGCACUGCAACAGUCUAUUCAGAUAAUCAAAGUGUCAUCCACCUGAGUAAGAACCCGGUGUAUCACGAAAGAAUAAAACACGUGGAUGUCAAGCAUCACUUUGUUAGAGACAUAAUUGCAAAAGGAAAAGUAAAUCUCCUGAAGGUACCAACUGAAGAAAACCUAGCAGACAUGGGAACUAAAGUGGUGACAACAGCCAAGUUCAAGCAUUGCUUGAACUUACUUCACAUCAGUUAA